CCCCUGCGGCGGGCACGAACCCCGGGCUCUGCCAGGCUGCGCCGCUAUGAAACGACCUCCGUUAUUGGUCGCCUGCCCGCUCUCGCUGCUGCAACGCUAAACGCCAUUGGCCGCCCGCUCCUCCCAUGCGCAGCUCGGUUGCUGAAAAGUGCCUUUCCUGAAGCCACCGCUGCUUGGAUUUCUGUCUAGGGCUGCCUCUGCCUGCCCCCCUUCGCCCCCGUUCUCGUUUUAAUCCGGCGUUGCUUGCGGUUCGUGCGCUGACGGCAAACUCCUCCAGCCUUGCCCUUUAGUUUUGUCGUUUGGAUUUUUUUUUUCCCUUUUUUCCCUUUUUUUCUUUUUUUUUUUCUUUGCUCCCCAUUCACACUCAGUUCGCUCAGCCAUUUUAUUCGAUUUUUUUUUGUUGUUUUAUCCUCCUUUCCUCGAGUAUGUAGCAAAUAUCGAAAGAGGGGAGAAAAAAAAAACCAACUCAACAACAACCACCACCCAAACCAAUUCAGACGUCCUUGGGGCUCGUUUUGAUGCUCGGGAAGCGCAGGUUUUUAUUAAGCAAGGAAAAAAAAAACCCAACCCAACGAAACCAAACAGAUAAUAAAUACAAUCCCUAAAGUUUUCUCCCCUUCACCAAGGACCGAAGCGCUGCCAGCAGCAUAAGCUUUUCUUUUUCCCACCCCCCCCACCCCCCAAACCCCCUCCGCAGGGGAGUAAUCGAAACCAUUAACUGGAGAGCACAGAGAAGGCUUUUUGAACGUCUGCCCCCAGUUAUUCCGCCGGUAAACUUUGGGCAGCGGCACAACAACAAAACAAAACACUUCAUGUUUUAACUUCUACGAUUGCACUUUUAGGAGCUGGCCUCUAAUUUGAUGAUUGAUUUUGGGGUUUUUUGUUUCCCUCUCGCUUGUUGGGAUAAUAAGAUUUCUAUUUUACGAUUGGCUUUAUGUUUUAAUUCUCGUUUUAAACCGACACGGCUUUUGACUUCAAGCGAAUAAAAACCUAAGUGCUGAUGAAUAGGAGUUCUACCAAAGCAACAAGUUAGUUCUUUCGUCGAGUUUUCACUUGAAUUCACUUUUUUAACCCCCCCAAAACCCCCCCUUCUUUCUCCCCUCCCCCCUCCCCACCUUUUUUAAUAGAAGAAACCAACCCAGCCCUUCAGGUCGGCAGUGCAAACGUUGCCCGCCCCCCCCCGAAGCAGGGUGGCGAUUUGCUGGCGGCUGGAGUUCCUCCGUGGGGGUUUUUAAUAUGGCUGUAAACGUUUCCCUGGUUCGUGAUACAAAAUGGCUGACGUUAGAAGUGUGCCGAGAGUUCCAGAGAGGGACUUGUUCUCGCUCCGACGCCGAGUGCAAGUUCGCCCACCCGUCGCGCAGCUGCCAUGUGGAGAACGGACGAGUGAUUGCCUGCUUUGACUCGCUCAAGGGCCGGUGUACCCGAGAGAACUGCAAAUAUCUCCACCCUCCCCCACAUUUAAAAACACAGCUGGAAAUCAACGGCCGCAACAACCUGAUCCAGCAGAAGACAGCCGCAGCCAUGUUCGCGCAGCAGAUGCAGUUCAUGCUCCCGGGCGCGCAGCUACAACCGAUCACAACAUUUCCUGUGACUCCAUCGCUUGCAACAAGCCCCACGAUGGCUUUUAGUCCCUACCUGAGUCAUGUUUCUCCUGGGAUGGGCUUGGUUCCUGCAGAGCUUUUACCAAAUACUCCUGUCCUGGUCUCUGGGAACCCCACUGUCACAGUACCAGGAGGCUCUGCUGGGCAGAAACUGAUGCGUACGGACAAACUGGAGGUUUGUCGAGAGUUUCAGCGUGGAAAUUGCACACGUGGCGAGAACGAUUGCCGCUACGCUCACCCCAUAGAUAUUGCAAUGAUAGACACAAACGAAAACACUGUCACAGUUUGCAUGGAUUACAUCAAAGGUCGCUGCUCUAGGGAGAAAUGCAAGUACUUUCAUCCCCCUGCACACCUGCAAGCCAAAAUCAAGGCAGCUCAACACCAGGUGAACCAGACAGCUGCAGCUGCAAUGACUCAGCCAGCUGUCAGAUCACUGAAGCGACCGCUCGAGGCAACCUCUGACCUGGCCCUGCCGCCUGGUGCACUUCAACCUUUACCAAAGAGGCCAGCACUUGAAAAAAACAAUGGUGCCACCACAGUCUUUAACCCAAGCGUUUUCCACUACCAACAGGCUCUAGCCAACAUGCAGUUGCAACAGCCUACAUUCAUCCCUACAGGGUCAGUUCUGUGCAUGACACCCACUGCAAGCGUUGUGCCCAUGAUGCACGGUGCUACGCCCACCACUGUGUCUGCAGCAACAACUCCUGCCACCAGCGUCCCCUUCGCUGCAACAGCUACCGCCAAUCAGAUAUCCCAGUUAUCAGUAGAUGAACUGAGUAGCAGCAUGUUUGUUUCACAGAUGUAGAAGUUCCCGAUAGAACACAGACCAUGUUGAAAUCCUGAGCAGUAAAAUUCCAGAGCACCAGGACUUCUUGGUGGGAAGCUGCGCAUGGCCUUUCUGUAUAUAAAUCCCACUCAUCCCUCUUCUCGUUUCUCUACCACCUCUACAGUAAGCCUGUUGCAGCCCUACAUGUUAACCAAAAAAAUGAAUCAAUGGGAAUGUCAAAAAAGAAAACAAAAGCAAAAGAGAAAAAGACAAAAAAAAAAAAAGAGAGACAAAAAAAAAAGAGACAAAAUAAAAAAGAGACAAAAGAGAGACAAAAUAAAGAGACAAAAUAAAGAGACAAAAUAAAGAGACGAAAUAAAGAGAUGAAAUAAAAGAGACAAAAUAAAAGAGAGAAAAAAUAAGAAAGAGACAAAAUAAAAAAGGAGGAAAAAGGAGGAGAAAAAAAAAGGAGGAGGAAAAAAAAGAAGGAAAUGAAAGAGGAAAAUAAAGGAGGAGGACAAAAAGGAGAAAAAGAAGGAGGAAAAAAGGAGGAGAAAAAACAGGAGGAAAAAAAGGAGAAGGAAAAAAAGGAGGAGAAAAAAAAGGAGAACAAAAAAGGAGGAAAGAAAGAAAGGAAAGAAAAAAAGGAGGAGAAAAAAAGGAGAACAAAAAAGGAGGAAAGAAAGAAAGGAAAGAAAAAAAGGAAGGAAAAAAAAAAGGAGAAAAGAAAAGGAGGAGGAAAAAAAAAAAGCA